AUGGCGUCUAAAACAAUGACCACAAUACCAACAAUGACCGCUGUGGUGAUCCAUGAGGCGGGCGGCCCAGAGGUUCUCAAGGUGCAGCAAUGGCCGCGACCAAGGCCAAUCGUGGGACAAGUCCUUAUUCGUGUGAAGGCAUUCGGCUUGAAUCGAUCAGAGAUGUUCACCCGACACUUGGUCUUCCGCUAUAAGGGCAUCGAAUCUCUUAGUCGAGGCAUCGUUUCCGGUAGUAUGUCCUCGUAUCACUCUGGCGGCUCUGGGGAGAAUCAUGAAGAGUCUUCAAAUAUCCUGGAGCGCAGGGGCUCUCUAACAGGCCACUCACCCAGCGUCAAAUUCCCAAGAGUCCUUGGCAUCGAGGCGGUGGGUUUAGUGGAAGAGUCACCCGGAAACGAAUUUGAAAAAGGAGAGGUCGUUGCUACGGCUAUGGGAGGCAUGGGUAGACUCUUCGACGGGGGUUAUGCAGAGUUCACUUGUGUACCUGCCGGUCAGGUCCAAGCUGUCAAGACUAAGAUUCCUUGGGAACAACUUGGUGCUCUCCCGGAAAUGAUGAAGACAGCCUGGGGCUCACUCUACCUAUCUCUACAACUGAAACCAGAGGACAAAUUACUUAUUCGAGGUGGAACUACGUCUAUCGGUCUGGCUGCCCUAGCUCUAGCGAAAGGCAAUUGCGCCUCUGUUUCACUCACAACCAGAAAGCCUGAGCGAGUAGAAAUGCUGAAAAACAGCGGCGCCGAUGACGUAUUCAUAGACAAUGGCUCUAUUGCGAAAGAAGUGAGACGGAGGCACCCUGAAGGCUUCAGCAAGAUCCUAGAGCUGGUCGGUGUUACGGUGCUUGCAGACUCGCUGAAAUGUGCUAAAGAACAGGGAAUUGUAUGCUUGACCGGUAUUGCAGGAGGAAAGUGGAUGAUGGAUCAUAUAAACCCCAUGGAGCUUAUUCCUAGCACCGUCUCUCUCACGAUAUACGCUUCCACCUCCCCAAACAAGUUCGCGGCCCUGGAUGAUAUUGCUCAAAAAGUCGUGGAUGGCUCAAUUAAAAUUCCGAUAAAGACUUACCGCCUCGACCAAAUCGUUGAAGCACAUAAAGCGAUGGAAGAAAAUACGGCCGGGGCAAAAAUUGUGGUACUUACAUAA